AUGUCUACGGCGGUUAGUCACAGUCCUGGAUGCAUUACAUUAAUGGCUUGCGCAACUGCUUCCACCAAGAUACGGAGACAUUCCGAUAGCAGCCUGGUGGUCAUCCGCGCCGCAUUAAACAGCCUGGCCAUAUUUCGAGACAUUAACGUGGUUAGUGGCUUCUUCGGCUGGGAUGGGCCUUUCACGGACUCCCGCAUGUACACCGUAGCUCCACCGCGAAACAAUUGGCGUACAUGGGAGGCGAGCGUUGCCCAACUGCGACGGAGAAACGGAUCGACAUCGAACACUGGCCAACACGGGUUGAUAAGACCGCAACAUGACUUUGCCUAUAGCAUCAUACGGUCAUGCCAAUAUCUCCGAGCUGCGGUCACUAUUUGGUUUUUUUUUGGCUUCAAUUUAAUCUGGCGUUACAGGGAGCCAAACAAGCAAUGUUGUGGCACGUCUGGGGGCGACAUCCUGGUUCCGCGGUCGAUACCAAGGUUCAACUUCGAAACCAUUUUUCCAACGUUACACUUUCCUACGCCCAAUCUAUCAGCAUACAACACGAUGGGUACUUGCUGGCAGUUCCCGCAAUUUCUCGCGCCUUCCCGGCACGCUUCUCCAGCCACCUAUUCUUCUUCCUCAAACUUUUUCCUAAACAAGUUGGACUGGUACGGGAUGCACGCUGCCGUCUUGCAUAGGAUGUGCAGCUCCAUCUGCAGUAUUAUCAUCACACAUCCGCGGAUGAUACUGUGCAGUGGCACAUCAGAAGCUUCUUAUAAACGGACGUGUCUCCUUUUUGAGGCUUCCCUUCGCUUAAUCCAACAUUCACUUAGGAAUUCGCAAGAGCUUAGAAAGCUCAAAAAUUACAUUGCUGUGGCAUCGGUGCUCUCUUUGGCUUCUUCUGAGCCCCUACGAGGUAUAGACCAUUUCUUCAUCCGCGUUCUCAGUUUGAAAUCUCCCAAUACGUUCAAGCUGUCAUCAUCAAUGCUUGCGCCUUCAUUCGCAUGCCCUGGAAUAUUAGACCAAGAUGUACGAGUGGUCUUCUUCUCAUUGAUACCCUUCAGCAUUCUGACUUCGACAGAUCAAACGUAUCCUCCACCUUACGGAGCUUCGUCGUCCAACAGUCCGGGGCCGCUCACCACCGGCCCUGCCACUACUUCACUCCCAUCAUUCACAAUGGCCCUAAACUCGACAGUACGUAAAACCAAGACCAUCUUUAGCACCACUGUGAUUUCAGCUACACCGCCACCCAGGUUUUCGUCGUUUUCCGCCUCUGCUUCAUCAUCCGUAAAUGCGUUCACAACUUGUUCUAUCAGCGAUGGAGGGAUCGUAGAAUGCACUAAUAUUCCCCUGUCCAUCCGAACUUCGUCGAAAAUUCCCUUCUGGGACACUGACAUGUUCACUGUGCAGACCACCCCAAGGCCCUCGACCUCAACAGACGCAGUUCCGACUAGCUUCCCUGUAAACACAACGAGCAGUUUCAUUAUCUUGAGCACUGCACCAUUGACAACAGCGCCCCUGACGACUGGCUCUAGUUACAGCUCUUCAGCUUCAGCUAUACCUCCAUUUCCCAACAGCACGGUAUCAUCUGGGAGUUCUUCCGGAGGCACUGCAUCUUCGUCAUCUCUCAAGCCCCUCUCAACCUUGACCCAGGCCUUGAACGCGACUACCUCUUCUGGAUAUGGAGUUCCAUUGUCGACUGGCACUCCUUUAUCAUGGUCUGUAUUCUCCAAAAAUGCCACAAGUACCUUACCCGAUACUGUUUCACAGACGCCUUGGAGCAACUCGAACAUUAAUACAGCAUCGAGCUCUACGUCGGGUAUGGUACCUGUGACUAGCGAAAGCAAUACGGGUGUCACAACAACGUCGAGUAUCGUGCCCGUAACUAGUGGGAGUAAUACGAACACCACAACAAUGUCAAGCUUUUCAUCAACUGUUACAGAAGCUACAAGCACCAUUUAUUCGAACUCGUCUACUGUAGUUCCGACGCCAAGCACUUCUUUAGAAAGAUGCACGCUCCCAGGAGGGUGCUCAUCAACUGCCACUCCCAGCUGCACUCUUCCAGGGGGCUGUUCGUCGACCCUAACUCCCAACUGCACUCUCUCAGGUUGCUCAUCAACUGUAACCCUCAGCUGCACGCUUCCAGGGGACUGUUCGUCGUCUACUACUCUCAGCACCUCUUCUGGGAACCCAUCGACAAUGACUCCCACUUCCAGCCUUACUUCAUCAGAGAGACCCACUUCUCAAGUCCUCACACCACCUAUCAGCACCAUUACAGUUAUAGUUUCGACCUCGGUGAUCUCGUCGACUGAAGGCCCUCUGUCUAGAACGAGUUCGUCCGGGAGCUCGUCUACAGUGACACCCAGCAUCACUUCCUCGGAGAGUUCCUCGGCUGAGAUUCCUACCUCUAGAUGCACUCUAUCCGGGUGUUCAUCAACCUCAGCUCCCGGCAGCACCUCAUCUGAGAGUUCGGCGACCUCAGUACUAAGCUCAACGUCCUUCAGGACCUCAUCCACCAAGUCUCCAACUCCGGCUUACUCCAGUAGCACCUUGUUAUCUCUAGCCUCAGAUUCCAGCACUGUAUUACCAUCCACUGAGUCCGACCUCACUACGUGGUCCAUUCCUGACACCGCUCCUUGGACUUCCCAAUCAUCCACGACCUGGACCACGACUGAUGCCGUACCUACCAGCUUCCCUGUCUCUACAGGUUCUUCUGGCGCAGGAUACCCUUCCGAGUCAUCCUUCUCAUCUCUUAGCAGCACCUCAACAGAUGCUGUGCCAACUAGUUUCCCAGUCUCUGCGCCCACGUCCACUAUAUCAGGCAAUACGGCCUCAGACAUUGUGACACCAACUAGCUAUCCCGCGACGACGCUCUUGACCUCGGCGAGUAGCACUUUGACGUACGGGUACACACCGCCGAAAUAUCUUCCGGUCGUAACGGAGGAGAUGAAGGAGAUGGAGAAGAAGGAGCAGAGAAACACCUUGAACGACGCUGACUUGGUCGUAGCUGGGUAUGUGGUUCAUUGGUCAACCCUCGGGGAUAUAGACGACGAUGAAGAUGGCAAGAACAGCAUGCUGACGCAAGGCAUCUUGAAAAUGUAA